UGUAUAUCCGCUCUCUUUGGUGAGCUCUGUCGUGGACUCAUCGGUUCAGCAUCAAUCAAAAAUCCCUCCCCUUUGCGUAAUGCCAUCUCACUGGUCGUCUCUCCCGCGAAUCUGUGGCCAUCCCGGGGCAAUAACAUCCCCAAACGUAGAAGAAAGUAUAUUUAGAAGCAUGAUUGCGCCCUGUACCUUGGAAAGGCGGGUUAAACGUAGCCAUGUGCAUGGUGCAUUGUUGCGUAUAAGGUGCAGCGUUUUUUCCCGUACGAAGGGCUUUCAGUGCAAAAUGGAACUAUGACCGGACAAAUAACGUGCUCAGCUCUUGUAUUGCCGCUAUAGGGACUGAACACUAUUCGCUGCUAGGAAAUACCAUGGCAGAGCAACCUGUUUCUGUUCAUGUCUAUAGACAUGGUUGGUUACUCAGCGACAGCCGGAUUGUGAAAUCCGCAGAUAAAACAACGAUUCUACUCCAGAUAUUUCUUACAUGGCUUUCGGACCUCAUCUUACUGGGACCUUACGCUCCACGCAGGAGGGGUUAGAGGCCCUGGUGUUUGUCGAAUACACAAAACGCAUGGUGGAAUACAAUUCGACGAGGCUCUCAUGCCUUUUGUUAUCACCAUGCUGUCUGAUGGCUGGACUACAAGGUUGGAGAGGCGUCGAGGUUACUUUGACGGGACAUAUUGGUUCAAAGGACCUGAUAACAACGAGUACCGAUGGAAAUGGCGUAGUUCGUGGUCCUGGAGGAAUGACCUGUUGUGCGUUAAUGCACACAAUGACAUGAUUGCAGCUUAUCGUGUCACCACUAUGGCUAUAGCUAAAGAUGGGGAGCUUCGCAUCUAUCCGGUAUGUUCUGUGCCCUGUUCUGCACUUGUCUAUGGUGUUCCAGAGCGGCGAUUGUGUGAGAUAGUAAGGGGAUUGAGAAGGACGGAGGUCCUGCCCUCUUCGAUUUACUUCAUUGUUGUCCACACCGAA